AUGAUAGCAGAGCAAAAGAAAGAGAAAAAGAAAAUACCAUAUAUAACNAAGCAAAAAAUAAUUUUCAACUCAUUUAUUAAUGUUCCAUUUACUAAUCGACAACGACCGAAAGUGUUUAUUCAAGAACGUGGUAAUUUUGAUCUCGGUCGUACUUAUUAUUGUUUUACGGUAUUCACUUCACCAUGUCAUGACAGAAUACUUCCAACAUAUCUGUUCUCUAGACCUUUGGAAAAAUCUUGUCAAAUGCCGAUUAAUGCAGUACAUUUAUUUCCACGCGCUAAUGAGUUAUUCUUGAUUGAUUAUAGGAAGGAGACUUGUGUUUCAGAGCUUGGUAAUUUUCGAAGUUCUAUAUCGUCAUUAGUUCCAUGGUCAUUAUUAACAAAAAUUUCAAUCGAUGAAGGUGAUGUUGUUACUACAGCUGAACUAGAAUCAAUAUUACGGAUGGCUUAUAAUGUCCAUACAUUAGAUAUAUGUGAGGAAAGUGGAAAUUUUUCCCAUGCGAUAUUAUAUAAUAUUGACAAUCUCGGAACUCGUGUCAAUCAAGAAGAUUCAGCUGUUUGUUUUAUCGAACUUUUACAAGCUCAACAUCUUGGUUUAUCAUCAGAUGAUUUUUGGGGUGGGUGUUGA